GUUCAUCGGAGUGAGAGAAAAACAAAAAGGUUGUUGUUGGGAUCCCAUCUUCCUCAACUUCCAAUCUCAAUUUCCUUUUUCUUCCUCCACCCACCCCCACCACCGACACCGCCACGUCGCCGCCGUUGACGAUACUAAUUUCCACUGUAUAAUUUUCAAAAUAUAUCAAAAAUGUCGAUCAACAUGAAAACUCUAACCCAAGCCUUCGCCAAAGCCUCAGCGGUGAUCGAAAAAACCGUUCAAACCACCGUUCAAGAAGUCACCGGUUUACCCAGAGCUUUACAAGACUACGAUCUCUUAGAUCAGAUCGGGUCAGCUGGGCCGGGCCUAGCUUGGAAGUUGUACUCAGCCAAGGCCCGAGACGGCCAUGCGGUGUACCCGAACGUCUGCGUUUGGCUUCUCGAUAAGCGGGCCCUCUCUGAGGCGCGACAACGGGCCGGACUUUCUAAGACUGCUGAAGACUCGUUUUUUGAUGUUAUUCGGGCUGAUGCGGCCCGUUUGGUGAGGUUGAGGCAUCCUGGGGUUGUUCAUGUAGUGCAGGCACUUGAUGAGAGUAAGAAUGCUAUGGCUAUGGUUACUGAACCCUUGUUUGCUUCUGCUGCUAAUGCUUUGGGGGAUUUGGAGAAUAUUGAGAAAGUUCCUAAGGAGCUUAAAGGAAUGGAAAUGGGAUUGCUUGAGGUUAAACAUGGUCUGCUCCAAAUUGCAGAAACCUUGGAUUUCCUCCACGGCAAUGCUCGUCUAAUUCAUCGGUCUAUAUCACCGGAGACUAUUCUCAUCACUUCAAAUGGAGCUUGGAAACUUGGUGGUUUUGGUUUUGCCAUUUCAGUGGAUCAAGCAGCCGAUUUGUCCAACAUGCAGGCUUUCCAUUAUGCUGUAAGUAAAUAAUUCUAAGAGCUUGGA